CUAGGGAGCUUUGGGCCUCCUCUGUGGUAGAGACUCUAAAGGAAAAGCUUUCUGCAACCGAAGGGACAGUCUGGUAGUAUUACGUUGCCGAUACGAGCGCCUCCCCGGCUCCCCGGAGUUUGGCCGGCGGGAUGAGGGCAGGGCCUCGGGAGACCUUUAGUGUCGGCGCUGGGGCCUUGUGAAAGGCGCCGCAGGCCCCGCUCUCUGCGCCGGUCCCUCCCGACCGCUGGUUUUGACACACGACCCUCGGGCCGUCCUGACAGCCCUUCGACGCCCGCAGCCCCUGCUCGGAGCGUGUGGGAGCCGCCGGCGUGCCGGGCAGCCCGCCUCCCUCCCUCCCUCCCUCCCUCCCUCCCUCCCUCCGGAGCGCCCGGCGCGUGCACCGUCCCCACCCCCGGCCUCCCUCCCCUCCGGCUGCUUCCACGCACUCGCAGUGAUUGUUUUGCCCGCUCCCGCCGCCCGCCCGCUCGCCCGCCCGCCGGCCCGCCGCCCGCCGCCCUCCGCCGCCGCCGGAGGAGCAGCGGCGCUUGUGCAAACCGGGAAGAUGGCGGCCGGCGGCGGCGGAGGCAGCAGUAAGGCCUCCUCCUCGUCGGCCUCGUCCGCGGGGGCCCUGGAGUCCUCGUUGGACCGCAAGUUCCAGUCGGUGACCAACACCAUGGAAUCCAUUCAAGGCUUGUCGUCCUGGUGUAUAGAGAACAAGAAACACCACAGCACCAUCGUCUACCAUUGGAUGAAGUGGCUCCGGAGAUCUACAUAUCCCCACCGUUUGAAUCUCUUUUAUCUUGCCAACGACGUCAUACAGAAUUGCAAAAGGAAAAAUGCAAUCAUAUUCCGUGAAUCAUUUGCUGAUGUGCUUCCUGAAGCAGCCGCUCUGGUGAAGGAUCCAUCUGUCUCUAAGUCAAUAGAGCGAAUCUUUAAAAUCUGGGAAGAUAGAAAUGUGUACCCAGAAGACAUGAUUGUGGCAUUGAGAGAAGCUUUAAGUACCUCUUUCAAAACUCAGAAGCAGCUGAAAGAAAAUCUGAGCAAACCGAGUAAGCAGUGGAAGAAAUCACAAACAUCCACGAAUCCAAAAGCUGCUCUCAAAUCUAAGAUAGUUGCUGAGUUUCGGUCUCAGGCCCUCAUUGAAGAGUUGUUGACGUACAAACGCUCAGAAGAUCAGAUAGAACUGAAGGAGAAACAGUUAUCAACCCUGAGAGUGGACGUUUGCAGUACCGAGACGCUCAAGUGUUUGAAAGACAAAACAGGAGGAAAGAAGUUCUCCAAAGAAUUUGAAGAAGCAAGUUCAAAGCUGGAGGAGUUUGUGAAUGGGUUAGAUAAACAGGUGAAGAACGGGCCCUCACUAACAGAAGCACUAGAAAAUGCUGGGAUUUUCUAUGAAGCACAGUACAAGGAGGUGAAAGUGGUGGCCAAUGCUUACAAAACUUUCGCGAACCGAGUAAACAACUUGAAGAAGAAAUUGGAUCAAUUGAAGGCCACCCUUCCUGACCCUGAGGAAUCACCAGUCCCUUCUCCAAGUAUGGAUGCUCCUUCCCCAACUGGGUCUGAGUCUCCAUUUCAGGGAAUGGGAGGUGAGGAAUCCCAGUCACCAGCCAUGGAGAGUGACAAAUCGGCCACACCUGAGCCUGUGACAGAUAACCGUGAUGUGGAAGACAUGGAGCUCUCAGAUGUGGAAGAUGAUGGAUCAAAAAUCAUUGUGGAGGACAGGAAAGAAAAACCUCUGGAAAAACCAGCUGUCUCCACUUCUGUACCCACAAAGUCAACAGAAAGUGUCUCGAAGGCCUCAUCAUGUGCCCCAGCACCUGUGCCCACGACAGCAACUCCACCUCUUCCAAAGCCUGUGAACACUUCUCUUCUGUCCCCUUCCCCAGCUUUGGUUUUGCCAAAUCUGGCAAAUGUGGAUCUGGCAAAAAUUAGUUCCAUCCUUAGCAGCUUAACAUCAGUCAUGAAAAACACGGGGGUCAGUUCUGCAUCAAGACCUUCUCCAGGAACGCCUACCAGUCCCAGCAACCUCACCAGUGGCCUGAAAACACCUGCCCCUGCCACAACGACACCUCACAACCCUCUGGCAAAUAUCCUCUCAAAGGUGGAGAUCACCCCAGAGAGCAUUCUCUCAGCUCUUUCUAAAACCCAGACACAGUCAGCCCCUGCACUCCAAGGCCUGUCAUCUUUACUUCAGAGUGUUACUGGGAACCCAGUGCCAGCUAGUGAAGCUACAUCCCAGAGCUCUACAGCUUCCCCUGCUAGCACCACAGGCUCUACCAUAAAGGGGCGAAACCUGCUCUCCAAUACACAGUCCUUUAUUUCCAAAAGCUUCAGCUAUUCUCCUAAUUCAUCAACUGCUGAGGUCUCUUCGACUUCAGCAAGCAAGGCAUCCGUGGGGCAGAGCCCAGUGCUCCCAAGCACUACUUUCAAAUUGCCGUCCAGUUCUUUAGGAUUCACAGGUGCCCACAAUACUAGUAGCCCUGCUGCCCCACCUACUGAAGUUGCCAUGUGCCAGUCCUCAGAGGUCUCCAAGCCAAAGAUGGAAUCAGAGUCCACUUCCCCAAGCCUGGAAAUGAAGAUCCACAACUUCUUAAAAGGUAAUCCUGGUUUCAGUGGCUUAAACUUAAACAUCCCGAUCCUGAGCAGUUUGGGAUCCAGCGCCCCAGCAGAGAGCCAUGCCUCAGACUUCCAGCGCGGUCCUACGAGCACUUCGGCUGACAACAUUGAUGGAACCCCUGUUCGGGACGAGCGGAGUGGGACACCCACCCAGGAUGAAAUGAUGGACAAGCCCACAUCCAGCAGUGUUGACACUCUGUCCCUGCUAUCUAAGAUCAUCAGCCCUGGCUCUUCAACACCCAGCAGCACGAGAUCACCGCCCCCUGGAAGAGAUGAAAAUUACCCCCAUGAGCUCCCCAAUUCUGUGUCUACAUACCGGCCCUUUGGCCUAGCCAGUGACUCUCCCUACAAGCAGCCACCUGAGGGAGUAGAGAGACCAUCUUCCCUGAUGGAUUCUUCACAGGAAAAGUUCUUCCCUGAUACUUCUUUCCAGGAAGAUGAGGAUUACCGAGAUUUUGAUUAUUCAGGGCCUCCACCCUCUGCCAUGAUGAACUUAGAGAAGAAACCAGCCAAAUCCAUCCUAAAGUCAAGCAAGCUUUCUGACGCUACCGAGUACCAGCCAAUCCUGUCCAGUUAUAACCACAGGGCCCAAGAGUUUGGGGUAAAGUCUACCUUCCCUCCAUCUGUAAGGGCCCUCCUGGACUCUAGUGAGAACUGUGACCGUCUCUCAUCUCCCCCUGGGCUAUUUGGUGCCUUCAGCAUAAGAGGGAAUGAACCUGGGUCUGAUCGGUCACCAUCACCGAGUAAGAAUGACUCGUUUCUCACCCCUGAUUCCAACCACAGUAGCUUGUCUCAGCCCACCACUGGGCAUCUCACUUUGCCACAGAAGCAGUACCCAGACUCUCCUCACUCGGUCCCACAUCGUUCCCUUUUCUCUUCGCAGAAUACCCUUGCUGCUCCAGCGGGCCACCCACCCACAUCAGGCGUGGAGAAAGUCCUGGCCUCCACGAUUUCCACCACGUCGACGAUUGAGUUUAAGAAUAUGCUUAAAAACGCCUCACGCAAACCCUCAGAUGAUAAGCGUUUUGGCCAGACCCCCAACAAGGGUACUUCAGGUGAUGGUGUCAGUCUGCCAGACCUCAGCCAGCCUACCUUGCCUACCACUGAUCAGCAACAGGAAGAACACUAUCGCAUAGAAACCCGAGUCUCUUCCUCCUGUUUAGACUUGCCUGAUAGCACAGAAGAAAAGGGGGCCCCCAUAGAAACUCUGGGUUAUCAUAAUGCAGCCAAUAGGAGGAUGUCAGGGGAGCCAAUACAGACUGUAGAGUCCAUACGAGUUCCUGGGAAGGGAAAUAGAGGACAUGGGCGUGAGGUUUCAAGAGUAGGGUGGUUUGAUCUGAGCACACCGGGCAGCUCUUUUGACAAUGGUCCCUCAAGUGCCUCUGAAUUGGCAUCCCUUGGGGGUGGGAGCAGCGGAGGCCUCACUGGCUUUAAGACAACGCCAUACAAGGAACGGGCACCCCAGUUUCAGGAGAGUGUCGCCAGCUUUCAUUCCAGCAGUUUCAACUCAACAUUUGAGCAUCAUCUCCCCCCAUCCCCCUUGGAACAUGGGACACCCUUCCAAAGAGAGCCAGUGGGGCCAUCAUCUGCCCCACCUGCCCCUCCUAAGGAUCAUGGUGGUAUCUUCUCUCGAGAGGCACCCACUCAUCUGCCCUCUGUGGAUCUUUCGAACCCCUUUACAAAGGAGGCAUCUCUGGCCCAUGCUGCCCCACCACCUCCUCCUGGGGAGCACAGCGGAGUUCCUUUUCCUCCCCCGCCCCCUCCCCCCCCCCCGGGGGAACUUAGCAGCAGUGGAGGGAGCGGGGUCCCUUUUGCUACCCCGCCCCCUCCCCCACCCCCUGUUGACCACUCUGGGGUUGUACCUUUCCCAACUCCACCACUGCCAGAGCAUGGAGUGACUGGGCCUGUGGCAGUUUUUCCCAAGGACCAUAGUUCCCUCCUUCAAGGGACCUUGGCUGAGCAUUUUGGGGUACUCACAGGACCCAGGGACCUCAAUGGCCCUGGUCUUAACCGUGCACGAGAAAGCCUGAGCCUACCCUCCCACCCUCUGGAGCACCUGGGCCCCCCCCACAGAGACGCUGUCGGCCGGAGUGGUAUGGUUUUACGGAGUCCCCGCCCAGACUUCCGGCCUAGGGAAGCUUUUCUCGGCAGAGACCCAUUCCACAGUCUAAAGAGACCCCGGCCACCUUUUGUUAGAGGCCCUCCGUUCUUUGCACCAAAACGCCCAUUCUUCCCUCCCAGGUACUGAUGGAAAUCAGGGAAAGGCAUUUUGAACAGUCUAGAGAGCAUUGGAAGUGGCAGUUUGGUUUCUUGUUUUUAUUUGUUUCCUCUCUUGAUUUUGUUUGUUUAUUUGUUUGUUUUUAAUGAAGGGCCUCCCUUCCAAAUUCAGAAAGCAUACUGGUGACAGUUUACUAUUAUCUAAUCCUCUCUCUGCACUUAGGACCUUUCCCAAAUUGUUUGUAUUUUUCUCUUUUCUUUUUCUUAUUUCUUAAAAAAAAAAAAAAAAAAAAAAAAAGUACACAUAACCAAAGUCACUUCAUUUGGCUGGGGGUUUUGGGAGUGGGGAGGUAAAACAAUAUUUUAUCUCAUCUAUUGGAGAGAUAACUUACAUUUGAAAUAAAACUUCGGUCAGUACAGGUAAUAACAUGUGCAAUGUUGGGGUGUCAUUUGGGGCUUGGCCUUGCUAACAGUAGUGGGAGGAUCCCUGUCUCCUCCCCUCUCCAGCUAAGCAACUUCUGUGACCAGCUCGCCCCCCACAUUGUACUCUCUCCCCGCUGAAGGCCAAGGGGUGUUUGCAGAAGGACAAAAUGUGGACAGUUUGGGGCCCGCCAGGUGUAUUUGCUUUAUUCUAAAGGCAUGUUGAAAUGGAGUUCUUUAUCUUUUGUUUUUUAAGCAUUCUCUUCUGAACUAUUACCAGACAGUGAAUCUGAGGCAUUACAAACUUCAUUCUAUGUAGUAGAAAGUUUUUCUCUUGCUGGGUGUAGUGGUACACACCCACAGCCCCAGCACUGGGAGGCAGGGA